AUAGUAAAAUCUACGUUACGCGCGGUCUAGUUAUAACAAGUCUCUGGCUUGGAUCGUUUCGUUUUAGACAAAAAGUGAUGAAUGCGGUUUUUCGCGAUCUUUCUUGAAUCGUAUGGUCUUUAAACGUAUUUUACCGAUCUUUUGCGUUCCACUUUUUGCCCAAACUUAUAAGGUGGCAACUAACCGUGUAGAAAGGACAAUGUGUGACUCAUCUUCGCUUCGUUGUCGGUCUCAACUGUAUAACAUAGGUAUGCGAAAUUAGACUUCGCACCUCCAUUAUACAAACAAUGUAUGUUCAAUUGACUGUUUCAAUAAAUAUGCUAGGCCGGAAAUUUACAUUUUGUGUAAAACAUAAUAGUUAAUAUAGAUAACAUGGCUUCUAUCAUUUGCCCAUCAUGAAUCGCUGGAAUGGUAAAGUGGCUGUUGUUACUGGCGCAAGUUCUGGAAUUGGUGCUUCCAUUGCAACGCAUUUAGUCAAUUCAGGAUUGUUGGUCGUGGGCGUGGCAAGGCGCAAAGAUCACUUGGAGGAAUUGCAAAAGAAACUGGGAGAAAAAUUUUCCGCUGUCUUUGCUGAUGUUGGGAACGAAAAAGAUGUUUUUAGACUCUUCAGUUGGAUAACGCAAAAUAUUGGUGUUGUGCAUGUAUUAGUUAAUUGCGCCGGUGUUUUUCGUCCAAAAGGACUUUUGGAUGGGGAAACGAGUGACUGGGUGGAAACGUUUGACACUAAUGUAGUUGGACUGUGCGUCGUAACAAGGGAGGCAGUCACAAUAAUGAGAGCCAAUGGAGUUGACGGACAUAUUGUUCAUAUAAGCGGUCUUGCAGGCCAUUACGUCGUUCCUCUGCCCUAUAUGAAUGUGUAUUCGGCCUCCAAAUUUGGCGUAAGGGCUUUAACUGAAACCCUUCGACAGGAGCUGAUCGCCUCAGGUAGCAAAAUCAAAGUUUCGAGUGUUAGUCCGGGUUUCGUAUUAUCAGAAAUGACAUCGGGUGAAGGAGCAAUAUGUUAUCAGGACGGUACAUCUAUUUUGGCACCCGAGGACGUCGCCGAAGCGGUUUUGUAUGUCUUGGGAUCUCCAGCUCACGUUCAGGUUCACGAACUUAUCAUCAGACCUGUUGGCCAAAUCUUCUAAUCAAUGUAGAAACAAGAAACUUUUAGUAAUAAAGAUAAAAUUAAUAGAUAUAGUUUUUCUCGUAGAUUGAAAAUUUACAUAAUUGUCGUUUUGUUCCAUCACAACUUACUGGUACAAUAUAUGUUUGGUUAUACUUGAUAAGAACUAACAAUUUGGCCGGAAUUGUUUCAUCAACGUUCUCCGUUUCUCUGGACUUCGGCAGAUCAGUGUCUUUACUAUGCUAUCUUCUGCAAAUUAAUGGCAUAAAACGUUUUCAGAUCAAAAUCUUCGGAUGUUGCGAUUUUUUUGAUAUGAUGCUUGUUGUCCUUGCUUGUAGGGGUUAGGAUGCUAAUUUGGUGAACAAAGUGGAAUGC